UUGCAGUUCGAGUCACAACGCGCGGACGACCACGUGGGAGGAUCCGCGUAUCACGGCCAUGCAAGAGAGUCUAUUCCAGCAGCAGUCGAGCGUCGAGACGCUAUUCAACACGGGGUCCCAAACGUUGCUCAGUCCCACGAUUUCGUCGCCGACGCCCACCCCCACCAAUAAUGUGGUAUUUUCAGAUUCGAUUGAAAUGUCGAACGAUUCGCCUGCUCCACCUCCUCCAGCUCCUCCAGCAUCAGCAAACGUAAACAACAACAACAACAACCCUGGCCCCGUUCCCGUCCCCGGAAACAAUAACAGCAGCAACAAUGGCAGCAGUUUACCACCACCCAGCAACAACGGCAACAUCCCGAUGCUGAACAGCGGCACCCCGAUCGGUCCACUUCCGGACGGCUGGGAGGAAGGAAUCACGCCCAAAGGCGAACGGUAUUACAUCAACCACGUCACGAGGACGACCACCUGGAGGGAUCCCCGAUUGUCUAACCAAGAUUGGGCGGUUCAGGAGCAGACGGUGAGGUUGUACAACCUGCAGCUGGAGCGGGAACGCCUCCGAAAGCGGCAACAAGAAAUCAAAUCACACAUGGGCGAAGAUCCGUUCCUGUCGCAGCUGACGGACCACUCGCGCCAAGAAUCCGGCGACAGUGGACUGAGCGAAUCGUCGAUAUCGCAAUCGAUGACCCACACGCCCGACUUCCUCUCCAGCAUAGACGACAGCAUGGAUGGGCUCAGUAUGACAGACAACACAAUGGACACAAUCACAUUUGGAGAUAAUUUAGAAACUCCAGACGAAUUUAUGCUCGACGAUCCUUUGCUGCUGGAGAAGAUCGACGCCGUCAGCAAUCUGAAUCUUAUAGAUCCCUCCAGUAAUAAGCCGGACAACACGUUGUACGAUAUAAUAUAAGAGGCAGAGUGAUGAUUAGGUAGUAGAACAAGUAAGAAAGCAGCGAGUGCAUUCACCUAUGUAACUUGCAGAAAAACGGAGAGUAAUUAGUUAAAAUAUUAUAAAAUGAUUGAUGAAUAACCAUCAAAACUGGAAAUGAAACCGAAAGCAAAAACUUACUGGAAAACUUCGGUCCUUUACUAUCAUACGAAACAUACUGAUCUACAAGAAGGGAAAGAAGAAAAACAAAUAAGUACAUAUGUGUGGUUGAUGGACUUAGAAAAAAAUCAAGUGAUAAGAUUUGCAAUUUCCGGGGAUGACGAGCUUUCGUCGAAGUAUGAACUAAACUGAAACAAAAAAAAUGCCCACAUGCAAAUAUCUACUUAAUGUUAAGAAGAUCAAUUAUUGCAACAAAGCUCAACCACUCUCAAUCCAACGCCCGAAACCCCCAACGAUUGAGUAAAAGCUAGAAGAAGAGCUAAAAAAACUGGAAACGUAAUUUUAUUCAAAAAUAAGUGUGUUGUAUGAAAACCACCCAACAGGAACAACUCCUUUCGGGAAGAAAGAUUGUAGACAUCUGAACUUGAACUUUUCCCUCUUCUAGGACUCUACCUAUAUAUUAUUGCAAGUCGCGAAAAAUGCUUUGCGAACGCAAUCAUCAAGUGCCUUAUAAAGUACGACUCGGAUGGGUAGAUUCCCCCAUAAAGUUUUUCUUAAAUCUGACUACAUAUCGCCGGGGGAAUCGACAUCAGAAAAAAAUCCCCGUUUGGGUCGUACGCAAAGUCGUAUCUGUGAAAACUCGAGCUCGAGCAACAACGAGCGAGUUCUAAAACAUUUAUAUUUUCCUCUAUGGCGAGUGAAAUCAGAUGCAAUAGUAAGUAGGGUUUUUCUCUUUUUGGUCAAGUGAAAGUUUAGCGAUUUUUUCCGUCUUAUUAAGUUUCGUUUUGAAAGAUUUUACAAAUUUUAUAAACCACAUUGUUAGGAGCUAAAAAAAUGUAAUUUAAUUGAAGAAAAAAGCUACACUUUCGCAGUGCAUUUUUAUAGAAUGCGUUGAUGGAAAAUCAAAAUAAUGUUAGGAGGGAAAAAACCCGAAAGAAUAACUACUUAACACUCAAAAACAAAAGUGCCUUCAAGGAAGCAAAACGGAAAAUUUCCUAAACUGCUUUUACUAGUAGCUAAUAAAAUUAUUAAAAAAAAGGAGCAAAGCAGCAAUAUGUGAAGUGUUUGGAAAAUGUGUGAAUUUCAAAGCAUAGCAUAUUCUGCAGCUGAUUCACGGGGCAGCUCUGUCAGAAACAUUGAAACAGCUCAUCAUCAUAAGAAGAUCAUCCAUAUUCGAUAAUAAUCAAAAGUAAAAACAAAUUGUAUUAGAGAAAUUAUAUCUAAUGUAAGCGAACAUACAAGUAGUAAGGUAUUACAGAGGAUUUAAAACAAGCUAAAAAUUAUGAAAAAACAUUUAAAGAACACUAGCACAUAAGGAAAAUGAUCGAAAACAAUAUCAAAAGGGGAGAAAAGAAAAGGAACACACUCUACCCGAACGACAAAAGCAAAUAAAAUCUCGAUUCAGUUGGUGUUUCCAGACGACGACAAAAACUCAUUUCGUCACACUACACGAUGGUCCUAAUAAACCGAAACUGAAAACAUUUGUCUAGGGAGUCAUAUUAAAUAUCUUUUAUUAUAAUUACUUAUUCAUAUGGAAAGCAAUCGAUUGAUUACAGUAAGAAAAUUUCAACCUUUAACAUCCUUCAUCUUUAUUUUCAAACGGAAAAUUUAUUCUCUAGCAAUAAAUGAUUAUUCUAUUCGUAUUUCUAGAAAUCAACUUUUACGCGCUCAUCUUUCAGUCAAAAUCAACUGUCAUUUCGCUGCAGCCUAUACAGCAUCGUAUUAAUAAUUUCUAUAUUAAAGUAAAGCAUAUAAGCCGAUAAUGGUUUAUCUCAGACCAUGGCUCAACACAUGUGGCAUACAAAAUUAGUAAUUUUAGUAACAUUUUUUUUUGUAUUGGCAACUAGUUAUAAUAAGCUAUAUUUAAAGUAUCCUAGCCAAAACCGGAAAAGAUCGAAACAAAAAAAAAGGUUGAGAAACAGCACAAAUUAAGUUACAAAAAGAAGAUUGAAAAAAAAAUUGAAACAACAACAAGAACACCACAAAGAAUCGAAAUAUAUUUGCUUGAAUUCAGUCGGAGAGUAGUCGUUCCGAAAUUGGAACCCUCGCGUGAUCAUUUUUCUUUCAAACAAAAAUGGGACACCGUUUAAUUUGUCCCCUCAGCAAACGACCGAUGAGCAGCCUUAUUUGAAAACAUGAAAAUACUUCAAAGUGUAACAAAAUUGCUUUUAUAAGUGGCUCAGUUCAGCGGUACCCUUCCAGUGUGAGCCGUCCCGGAAAUGCAUUUUAAAUGUUUUAAUUCCCUCCUUUUCCCAUUUAAAACAAAAAAUCUAAGAACUUGAACCGUUUUUUGUUCCCCCAAAAAUGGAGGGGUGCCGUCUAAAUUGUGGCUUAAAUUUUUCGACCAACAGCUUUGCUGAGAAAGAAUUCAAAUCCAUCGUCGUCCACGUGCUAAGCGCAAUAUGCUAUGUGAUCUCUCUCGAAAAGAGCACAUUUUCUAAACCAAGCUGUUAUUGAAUCUAUAGCCGUCCACUUACAGAAAAUUAAUAAUGCGUGAAAAGAUUCGCCGCAAUUCACAUCUCAAGAAACAUGGAAUUUUGUAACCACAACGCAAACACAUUGUACUGUAAAA